AUGGCGGACGCUUGCGUGUGGAAAGACGUAUUUACUAAUGAUGAGAGAAUUGUUUUGCAACAAGGUUACUUAAUUACAGGUUUACUGUCAGUGAUAUUUAGUUUCUGGUUAAGCGUGACUCUCCUAUUUACUAACCUUCGAUAUGAUGAUAGUUAUCUCAACAUGGGUAAUUUCAUCGUGGUAGCUUGUACCAGACGUAUUGUACCAAUGUUCCUACACCUGCCGUUUGUCAACUACAUCGAGACUUUAUACGGAUUUCAAAUAUUCUCUUGUGAACUUUUUGCUUUCGUGGAGACGUUUUUGGCAGUGUUCGAGGUCGAAUGCCUGACACACGUCUGCAUUGAAAGAUACGUUGUUUCAAAAUACAUCGCUAAUGGUUGGCAGAUACAAAAGAAACAUUAUUACUUAUUUACUUGUCUUUGCUUGUUCUUUUCUUGUCUGUACUCUAUACCGCCGCUGUUUGGUUUUGGAAAGUAUGGACAUGAUUUGGAUUGUACAUCAUUCACCUUCGACAUGGUACUACCAGAAACUUGGCAGAGAUAUUCCAUCGUCACCAUUUUCUUACUUCGAAGCGUCAAACCAGCGAUCGUUAUGAUUAUGACGGUCGUAUGGGCUCGAGUGUUGGAGAGAAAGUUUCCAUGCUGUGUUAAGAAUCAACAUAUAACUCGAAGUGUUUUAGUAAUAACAAUAGUGAAUCUAUUGUGCUGGACACCAAUAGCAAUGAUUAGAGGAUAUGUGGUGUCGUAUUUCUUUGUGCACAUGGAUGUACCGCGUCUACCGUCCACAGUUUACAUAACAUGGGCCUUGUGGAUACAUUGGGUUGCGCCUGCGCUGACAGCUAUAGCACUGUUGCUGGUUGAUGAUCGUGUGCGCAACAAGAUGUUUAACUUGCAAGAUUAUGGAGUUGAAAAUGAUAACAAAAGAAACUAAACAGUAAUUGUAAUGUAGUGUUUAUUAUUAUUGGCAUUUGCUUAUGUAUGUCAUCAGAUGUCUGCAUUUAUAUAGGUAGAAGUAGAUAUUAUGUAAGUAUUGACAAUCGGAUGG